AUGCACCCGUCUUCUGCCCUCGUCAUCAUGCUCUCCGCAGCAGGAGUCCUAGCAGUGCCCUCGUCGAACGGGGGACGUAGAGUCCACCUGAGAGCAGCCUCCGAACAAGAGGGCCACCUCGCCCGCGGCUUCGCCCGGGCGGUUUCACUGCCGCGGGCGCUAAGUCUGGACGACAUCGUGAAAACCCAAGAAAAAUGCAUGGAGAACUGCCAGGAAGCGCACCGCAAGGAGCUCAAAAACAUCCCCGACUCUGACUCUGACUCGGGAGCCGAUGUGGAUUAUGACAGGGACAAUAGGCACGCUGACGCUGAGCUGGUGAGGUGCGAGGACGAGUGCAAUGACACGGCCGAGGAGGAGCGGAAGAAGUACAACAAGGAGAACGGGGUGGACAGCGACAGCGACUGA